AUUUCGAUUCGUAGAUUCGCAUAUACAAGCCUAAGUGUCUAUGAGUAUGUACGGUCGAAGUUUACGAUCAUGUGUCGCUAGUCGCGCACUGAUCUUCACCUGCGACGGUAGAUACCAUAGGGGAAAGCGAUGAUCUUCUCGUUCCAGGAAGAGCCGAUGAAGCUGUUUUACCGUGUGGCGCGGAAGCCGGAGCUCGUCUCGGUCCCCAAAGUGAGUCCUUACAACGACGAGAGGACCAAGGAUGCCGCUACUAUGGAAAAUAUUCAAAGGCCGCCGACGCCGCCUCCGAGUCCCAAGCCGGCACGGGAAUGCGAAGUCGAGGCUUGUAGGAUUUUAGAAAGUAGCGCCGAGCCGCCUCGGUCCCUGGAGACGAAUCUGGAACGCGACAAAGAGUCGAAAGCGAAGAAACCCCGUUGCGAGGUGACGCCCGUCAUAAGGACGCCCGAUCUCGUGCCGAUGCAGACGAACCACGCGCCGGAGAGUUCCAAGACCAAAGAGUUAGCCAGGCUGGAGCACCGAAAACGUAGGAAACGACGAAACAAGCGUGUGAUCGCCGAAAUCACUACGACACCACGGGAGGAUCUGUUGAAGUUGAAGGUUCGUCUGACGCCCUGCCCGCCGAGGAUCACGUCGAGCACCGGAGGAGGCCAGGCAAAAGAGAAGCUGUUGCAGAUGCGAGCCGUUAGAAGAGAGAAGAUCAAAACCACCGCGAUAGGUCAGCAACGAUCGACGAGUUCGUCGGUUCGAGACGAGGUCCCGGGAGCGAAGGAAAACCUCGGGGAGAGCGAGGAAACGAUAGAGGAGAUUAUAGACAGCAUCCCGGACGAGGUGGUUAGAAUCGCACAAAACAUAACUACUCCGAUAGAGGAGACGUCCGCGGCCACCGAGCGAAUAGAGCAGCGGAGUGCUCCGUCGACGUGCAGGACGUCGUCCAAGUCGAAGGAAGCCGAGACCGAACCAGAGACUGCCAAGGCCGCGGAAGAAUCCGACGCGGAACGUCCGAAAAAAGACGAAGAGAUCCUUCGACGAUUGGGCCUGGUGGCGGUGAACGAAGCCAACGACAAGACGAAGCAACGCGUGCAGAACAACGGCGAGAAGAUCGAGAACUUGGAUCGGGAGAAGCUCGAGAAGCAAUUGCGCGAGAGCAAAGCCAAUCGAGUGAGAAGCCUGCUGGCCGAGAAGCAGAUGCGCGACGCGUUGAAGAGCAUUAUGUCGAAAACAAAAGAAGAGCAACCAUCGCCAGUGCAGGUUAACGCUGUACCAAAGAAAAAAGGUCCGCCGCCGCUGGCGCCCCUACGCGUGGCCAAGCCUUCCGGCUUCGCCACGUCGAGCGCCAUUUUGGAACCGAACAAUUCGAAAUACGAGACCCCGUUGGACCUUAGCAGCGGUGGAACCGUGCACAACAACGCACUCGAUUUAUCGGCCAGUUUGUCUACCAAUAGUUUCUCGUCGUUACCCACCUCGUCUUCGCUCUCGUCUUCUACUCCUUCUCCUUGUUCCUCUUCGUCCUCGUCGGCAUCUUCGUCCUGUUCUUCCGUGCCCUCGCUGAAUCCUAGAACACCGCGCGCGACGAUCGGUUCCGGAGGCCUGUUACGAGCGAAGCCGAAGAAUCUGGAUCAACGAAGGGGCCAGGAAUCCAAUCUGGUCACGCUUUCUGACGCGGCUGUAUCCUUGCUGAGCGGCUGCAUCACCGACAAGAACUCCGUGGAUCCUCUUGCUCUCGGCUCGGCCAAUAUCGCUAGCAAAGUGGCGCUUCGAAUACCGCAACCGCAUCAGAGAAUCUCCGGUUUCGGAAUGAAAAUCAAGCCAAACCUCGGCGUCAGGCACAUACCUAACCCACAGGCGGUCGUUGCUUCGCAGUACAGAAAUCAAAGGGCCGGUUACUUCAACACAGCCUCGCAACAGCCGCCGUAAGCGGAACGCUCGCAAUCCACCGACGCCUCACUCUCCCGUUUCCCCUACUUUUUCCAUUACUUCCUACUAUCAUAUUAUUACACGUGUAAGAACGCUCCUACAGAAACGAGAUUCCUAUGUGACCAAUCCAAAGGCUGUACGUUACCACAUACUUUCUUAUCCCGCUUCCUCCGAAGCAGGCCUGGGCAAUUUUAUUUAAAUACAAGUACGUAUAGCAACUCGGAUAUUCGUUCGGUCGUUUACUUAUUGGAACGUUAUUUGGAAAUUAUACAGGGUGUCCCAAAACUCGGGGAGGAGCCGGAA